AUGGCCAGCCCUGGACUAGGGGUCACAUUUGACCCUAAUGACAUGACAAGUUGGUACUUCCGGGACUUGUCACGGGCGGAAGCGACCAGGUUGCUUCUGAAUGAGUCUGAAAGCGGAGUAUUCCUAGUCAGGGAUUCCAAAACUAUACAGGGAGAUUAUGUUUUGUGUGUAAGAGAAGACGGUCGUGUCUCCCACUAUAUAAUAAACCGUGUGGUGUCAUCGGACGGGACGGUCCGUUACCGGAUCGGUGACCAGCUGUUCGCGGAUAUGCCGUCGCUGUUGUCGUUCUACAGGCUGCACUAUAUGGACACCACGCCGCUGGUGAGGCCGCUGCCUCAGGCCCGCGCGAGGGCCGCCGCUCCACCGCCCGCUCAGCCGCACCAAGUACUCGAACUGGUCAUAGCCAAGUUUGACUUCGAUGGCAGUGAUCCAGAUGAUCUGCCGUUCCGUCGCGGCGAGCGGUUGAUGGUGAUCAACCGGGACGAGGAGCAGUGGUGGACGGCCAGGAACAGCCAGGGUCGCACCGGCUCCAUACCGGUGCCCUAUGUGCAGAGGAUGCUGGAGGCGGAGGCCCCCGGGGACCCGCCCAGCCCCCCCACCACCAAGCACGCGCACACCAACCUGCAGCGUAUCCUACCGGCAUUGGCUCGUGUGAGGCAGACAAGAGUGCCCAACGCGUACGACAAAACUGCACUAAAACUAGAAGAGGGGGAUAUAGUUAAGGUAAUAAAGAUGAAUAUGAACGGGCAAUGGGAAGGCGAGCUGAACGGUAAGCGCGGUCACUUUCCAUUCACGUACGUAGAGUUUCUGGACGACACGGCCGCCAGCUAA